AUGAGCGGACAAGUUGGAGAACUGAGCCCGCAGCAGCAGGAGACACUGGCCAGGUUCCGGGAGAACCUCCAGGACGUGCUGCCCAUCCUGCCCAAAGCUGAUGACUACUUCCUUCUGCGCUGGCUCCGAGCUCGGAACUUUGACCUCAAGAAAUCUGAGGACAUGCUCCGGAAGCAUGUGGAGUUCCGGAAUCAGCAGGACCUGGACCACAUUCUCAUGUGGCAGCCACCAGAGGUGAUCCAACUCUAUGACUCAGGUGGCCUGUCUGGCUAUGACUAUGAAGGCUGCCCUGUAUGGUUUGACAUCAUCGGGACAAUGGACCCCAGGGGGCUCCUGAUGUCUGCUUCCAAGCAGGACAUGAUCCGCAAGCGCAUCAAAGUCUGUGAGCUGCUUCAGCGUGAGUGUGAGCUGCAGAGUCAAAAGUUGGGCAGGAAGAUUGAGAGGAUGAUGAUGGUGUUUGAUAUGGAAGGGCUGAGCCUGAGGCACCUGUGGAAGCCAGCUGUGGAGGUCUACCAGCAGUUUUUUGCCAUCUUGGAAGCAAAUUAUCCUGAGACAGUGAAAAAUUUAAUUAUUAUUCGAGCUCCCAGGCUUUUCCCUGUGGCCUUCAACCUGGUCAAAUCAUUCAUGGGGGAGGCGACACAAAAGAAGAUAGUGAUUCUGGGAGAUAACUGGAAACAGGAGCUACUCACAUUCAUGAGCCCUGACCAGCUGCCUGUGGAAUUUGGGGGCACCAUGACUGAUCCUGAUGGUAACCCCAAGUGCCUGACCAAGAUCAACUAUGGCGGCGAUGUGCCCAAGCACUAUUACCUGUGCAAGCAGGAGAGACCACAAUAUGAGCACACAGUGGUUGUGGGCCGAGGCUCCUCCCACCAGGUGGAGAAUGAGAUCCUGUUCCCAGGCUGUGUGCUCAGGUGGCAGUUUGCAUCAGAUGGUGGAGACAUUGGCUUUGGAAUUUUCCUAAAGACCAGGAUGGGGGAGCGGCAGAAGGCUGGGGAGAUGGCAGAGGUGCUGCCUAGCCAGCGCUACAAUGCCCACAUGGUGCCCGAGGAUGGGAGCCUCACCUGCUCCAAGGCCGGAGUCUAUGUCCUGCGCUUUGACAACACCUAUAGCCUCCUGCAUACCAAGAAAGUUGGCUACACUGCAGAGGUGCUGCUCCCAGACAAGGCCUGUGAAGAGAAGUUGCAGGGCCUCAGGGCAACAAACCCUCCUCAGAACAGUGAAGACUCUGACCGCCUCUGA